UGCUCCUCUUGGCAACCGAACGGCCAGGGGAGGAUCAGGAUGACCGGGCGGCCGAGAUAAGGACCACAUGAAGUUUCCCGCAUUACCUCACCCGAUUAGGAAAGGAGCAGAGAGAGACGCAGAGCGAGGGAGAGAGGGGUCAUGCUGGGAGGAACUGAGCGGUCGGUCGGGGAAGAGCCCAGAGCCUGCAGUGUUCGCCAGCGGGCUGAUGGGUCUGGGUGGAUGCGGGGCUUCCUCCUGAGGAGCUUCGGAUUAACCAGACAGAACCGAGCCGGACCAGGAAGAGACGUGAUGAGUACUUUCAGCUGUUAGAAUCAGUAGCUUCUUUUGAGAACCAGAUCAGGCUUUAAAGAUGAGAAGAUGAAAAGAUGACCUGGGGUCAGGUGCUUUGUUGUGCUUUCACUGAAUUACCUACUAGACAGUAUGAACUUUCCUCACAGCAGCCUGCUGCGGUCUAAAGCAAACCUCAAUCCGGCCAAUGAAAACACACCGAGCCACGGUGAUUUAAGUCCUCCCAACGUGCUGGGAGUCUGCUGCGGCUCUCCAGCAGAACCCAUGGCGGUCAACCCUCUGGAAGGGCUCAUGUCGGUGACCGUGAACCAGCAGCUGGUGCAUCAGAGCCCCGCUGCAGCAGCCGACCACCCAGCAGCCCCACAGGGACACAGGGAGAGCGCCACCAGCAGCCGCCAGGAGCCCAGGAAGUGGGAGCAGACCGUGUGUGGGUCCAGGUUCAGCUCGGCUCCUGCCUGUGGCCCCGUGGUCCAGAGCAGGCCCCCACGCGCCCAGCACUCUCCAGAAAACGCAGCGCGAGAGAGGAGCCGCGUGCGCAACCUGCGGCAGGCCUUCCACAGCCUGCAGGCAGCUCUGCCUUCAGUCCCACCCGACACCAAGCUGUCCAAGCUGGAUGUCCUGGUCCUGGCUACUAACUACAUAGCAUACCUGACUGAGACGUUGGACCAGGACGGGGCGGUGGCAGAGCACGCUGCCCCCUCCAGGCCGGGCGGAUACCUGCAUCCUGUCAAAAAGUGGCCCAUGCGUUCCCUGCUCUACUGUGGCACUGUUGGAGAUCUGCUGUCAGCCAAUCAGAGGCCUCGGCACGGCCACGACCCGGCCCAACCUCUGACCCCCGACGAACAGCGGUAACCCGAUUCCAGGCUAUUUCAUCAAUCUAGUCUUCAGUCGCCCUGAUGAGAUCAGGAGGAAAAAACUCAGUUGUUUAAUAACAGAAAAAAAAUCAGCUUUUUAAUAAUCAUUUAUUCAACUUUUCUCAGUCCUUGCACUAGACCUGGAUUUACGUCCUCCAUCGUUCUGACUGCCUGUGUGCAGAUUUGAUCUGUUUCCACAUGUAUUUAAACCUACUGAUCAUUUUCACAUUUUGUCACAUAAACACAAAGUUCAAUGUAUUUUAUUAGGACAUGAUGUGAUUUUAUGUAUGAUGUAUGUUUCUUAUUUUUUAUUGUAAAAAAUUCAAUAAAAAAUGAAAACCACACAGCAAAAUCUUAAAAUCUUACCAAGUAUUUAUGUCUAGUUUUGUAGUCCAAAUAUCUUAGUUCAUUUAAAUAAGAAUAAACUAAUUCACAAGUAACUUUUCACCAAGAUAUAGGGGCUUGUUUUCAGCAAAUCAUUUCCUAAUUUUGAUUUUUAAUAAAGUUUAUAAUUUCACCUGGGAGAUUAGUUCACCUUUGACUUUAUGGUGUAUUUUGUUGACUGCAUAGUGUUUUUAUGACUUUGUAUUUUUGUGUUUUUAUGACGUAAAGAACUUUGAAUUGUCUUAUUGCUGAAAUGUGCUGUACUAAUAAACUAGACUGAUAACAUGGGGAAAAUAUCUGGUGUAAAGUGUAAAAGUGAUUUGCCAGUGCAAACUAGUAUUUUAUAUUUAUGUUCGAUGAUUAUUGACUCAAAACGAGCUCCUGUCCCUUGUCGAAAAGUUUAUCGUAAUUUUUCUCUGAACUGAAGUGCAGUAAGAUAUCUGUAUCAGAGACAAGACAAAAAAAAAGAACUUGGUAAGGUUUGUAGUUUUUACAAAGUGUUUUCAUUUCUAUUCAUCUUAUCACAGAAAAUCCUGAUAAAAUACAGCAAAGUUUUUGGAUGUAAUGUCACAAUGUGAAAAGAUUAACGGGGGCAUCCAGAUUUUGCAGAGCAGUGUAUGUAGAUGUAAACGCACGCGCGCACACACACACACACACACACACACACACACACACACACACACACACACACACACACACACACACACACACACACCAUAACAUGAUUUAAAUUUACACUUGUUUGAAAGUUUUCUUCUAUUCAAGGUACAAGCACCAGACUGUCAGGAAGGGGUUUGAUAUGAGGAAAUAAAAAGUCUGAAUCUCUUGACUAAUUACUCCACAAAUCACAACAUGAAGGAACAGUGUGUAACCAAUUAUCCUGAUUUAAGGUCUUUUCAGAUUCUUUCUGUAAGCACUUGGACAUCUGUGUGCUUUUUUUUAAUGAAAUAAAAUGUAUUUCAUUGCCAA